AUGGGGCACACCACCAUAGUGGCGGUAAGUCCCCUCUACGAGGAGUGGCUCGAGACGAGUCACGGCGCCCUCACGCACCGCAUGACACAGGUCCUCAGCGGACACCGUUGUUUCGGGAGGUACCUGCAUCGAAUCGGUCGUGAGGAGGCGCCCGGGUGUCACCACUGUGCGGAUAGCCCCGAGGAUACGGUGGACCACACAGUCCAGGAGUGCCCUGUGUGGGAAGAGCACCGCCGCGUUCUCGUCGAGGCUUUAGGCGGCGGCGACCUCUCGCGUCCGGCCCUGGUUCAGGCUAUGGUCUGGGGCGAGAGGGAAUGGGAUGCCGUCGCCUCCUUCUGCGAAGCGGUCAUGCUCGAGAAGGAGGAGGCGGAACGCCAGAGAGUGCGCACCUCUCAUCUCGGCCGCCGCGCUGGACCAGGUAGACACCACGGGCGCCGGGUGUCGCGAGAUGACUCCCGGCCACCGUAG